AACGUUAACAGCAACAACAGCAACAACAACAACAACAACACUUAUUAUUAUGCCUCUACCACCACCGCCGUCUCUUCCUCCUCCACCCCCUCUUCUUACAAACACACAUUUUAUACUCUUGCAUUGCUUGUUAAUAUGAAAGUGCAACCAAGCCGAUCCGGACUUUUUUUAAGCAAAGUGAAAAAAAUAAUAUUACACCGGUUUCAUUGUUCUACUAUUGGAAAAAAAAAAUUAAUGUCCCGAGGGUUUUUUUGUUUAGCAAUAUCUGUUCCACUGCAAACCUUUCACAUUCUACUGCAAACUAGUCAAAGAUCGUCUGCUGACAUGUUUUGAUGUGGAUAUCAAGUAAUUUCUUCGCUGUUUCAACAUCGUCGGCUGCCCUCGAUUCUCUCUCCUCUUCCUACUACUCCAUAUCCAGCUGUGUCGGUCCUAUCUACCUGUCCAGUCCUCCACGAGUCGGUACAUGGGUAUUAAGAGCUGGACAGGUAGAUAGGACACUUUGGUGUCACUGACCAAAUAUUGACUGUACAACUGUAAAUGGCCACACAGCAGACCAUGGACAAAUUCUCUCCUGAUUCGGUGCUUUCCAGCAACAUGCUCGGAAAGUUCCAGCUAACGAUGGCAAACAACAUACAGCAGCAGCAGCAACAGCAGCAGCAGCCACCUCAACAGCAGCAACAGCAACAACAACAGCAGCAGCAGCAGCAACCUCCAAGAAUGGCAGAGGUGGAUGAGAAGCCAUUCCAGAACCAGUCCUACAUGAACCAGUUUACCCAGGGUUACUACUUACAGACCCACGGCAUUUUGCACCCCAACGAAAAACUUUUCAGUCCCGAUAUUUACGGGAAGCAGUUUGUUCAGAAUUCUUAUUUACACACACAACCAGAACGCAUGCACACCAUCGAGAAGGCUGCACCAGAAAAUAAUCUUUGUCUCAAACAACCUCAGCCAGUUUUGAACAAGAUUCCACCCCCGGCACCAAAGACGUUACCCCCACUAGCCCCUCCUUCCCUUCCCCAUACUACCAUGUCAUCAACGAGGACGACGGAGAAAGCGUUCCAUUGUGAGCUUUGCCCCAAGCAGUUUGCACGACGCAACACAUUGCAGUUGCACCAGAGGAUACACACGGGGGAGAAACUGUUCCAAUGUAAUUUCUGUGCCAAACAUUUUGUCCACAAGGACAAACUUCAGAUCCACGAACGAAUUCACACUGGGGAGAAGCCGUUCCAGUGUGAAUUUUGCCCCAAACGAUUUUCACGCAACGAUAAGCUGAAGAUCCAUCGAAGCACCCACACGGGUGAGAGGCCUUUUCAUUGUAACUACUGUCCGAAGCAAUUUGUCCAGAAGGACAAAUUACUUAUCCACGAGCGGACACAUACAGGUGAAAAGCCCUUUCACUGUGACCUUUGCCCCAAACAGUUUGCUCGGAGUGACCGACUACAGAUCCAUCGAAGAACCCACACUGGAGAAAAGCCAUUCCACUGCGACCUUUGUCCGAAACAGUUUGUUCAAAGAUGUUACUUGAAAAUCCAUCGAAGAAUCCAUACGGGCGAGAAACCGUUUCCUUGCGAAUAUUGCCCGAAGGAGUUUGCCAGAAAGGACAAGCUACAGAUCCACACGAGGAGCCAUACUGGCGAGAAGCCUUUUCAAUGCGACAUUUGCAGGGAGCAAUUCAUGAAGAAAGCUCAACUGGUGUCGCACCAGAAAUCAUCGCAUACCGUUUUGGAGAAGCCGUUUCAGUGUGAUUUAUGCAUGCAGCAGUUUGCAGAACGUGACGAACUGCAGCUGCACCGGAGCACUCACCUCGUAACGCCACAGUUACCUAAUGACCUUGACAUUAAGCCGUUUGCUCUGAUACACGAGCUGGAGAACCAGAAACGACUGCAAGGGUCGGUGCGGAAUAACUUUUUGAAACCAACAUCCUGUAAAAACAUCAAGGAGUACACUCCAAUGAGCACACUUCUUUGGCAAUCAAUUCAUCCAUGAAAAAAACAACACCCCCACCCAAAACAAACCCCCCCACA